AUGCCGUUGGGAGUGCUGCCACCAGAGGGGCAAUCACUCGUCCCUCUGGACUCGACUCUUCGCAGCGGCCUUCUUGCCAUCACGGUCCUGUCGUGCAUCUCCUUCUUUUCCGCGGCCACUCUUUUCAUCUACCUGACAUAUAAAAUCGUCGCCUGGCAGCUCUUUGUUCGACGGGAAAACGAAAAGCGCUUCCGCCACAGGCACCACGGCGAGGAUGGGCGCGGGCCUCCGCGCGAAGUGAAUCUGCACGAGCAUCAACCAGGCCACGAGGCUUCAACUUCUCAGCAUGCUGUUGAUUUUACUCUAGGCAUCGACGGCGUCUUUGCGUCGCGCCCAAGCGUGUCCAAAGACGCCUCCGUCAAGGUCGAUGGCCAGUUUCCGCAGGAAGAUAACAGCCCUCCGCUCCGACCGAUGAAGGGAUCGCCCAACCAGUUCCUGAUUCUCAUCUACAACCUCCUCAUUGCCGACUUACACCAAUCGAUUGCCUUUGCCCUCAACUCGACAUGGAUCAACCGAAAUGCCAUCCUGGUGGACACCAAGACAUGCUGGGCUCAGGGCUUCUUUGUCUCGACUGGCGACUUGUCCUCCAGCAUGUUCAUUAUGCUCGUUGCCGUACAUACCUUCUUUUCUGUGGUCAAGGGCUAUCGGCCAUCCCAGAGAUUGCUGUACCUAUCCAUUGGUCUUGUGUGGCUGUUUGUCUAUUUCAUCUCGGCGUUGCCGAUUGCCAUUACAAACAACGGCCGGGAACAUGGUGGCUUUUUUGUUCGAGCCGGCGCCUGGUGCUGGAUGAAUGCCGAAUAUGAGCGUCUGCGUCUAUUUACCCACUAUCUUUGGAUCUUCAUUGCCCUCGCCGUCACCUCUGCGCUCUAUAUUGCGAUCUGGUACUCUCUCCGUAAGCAAACGCGCCUUCGCCGAGCUGCCAACCCGGACGGUGCUCCAGAUCCCGGCUAUGGGGAGCACAACCCGGCGUUCCUCAUCUAUGCCGUCAUCUAUGUCACAUGUACGCUACCACUGGCGACGGAGCGUGUGGCUUCCAUGUCCGGUGCCGAUAUUCCGCUGGGUUGGUUCUGCUUUGCGGGAGCGUUGAUCUCCCUCAACGGCUUCUUCGACUGCCUCUUGUUCGGCACGACCCGCCACUCCAUCAUCUUUGCCUCUAAAUACGACUUGGAUGCGGCAGAUACGGGUGUGAAGACAAUCGCUUUUCUACAGACACCAAAGGCUCGACGCUACGGCAACAUGAUCUGGAUCCAGGGCGGCGAGGGCUCCAGACGAAAGAUGGAGCCCAAGACUACAGGCGGAUGGUGGUCGUGGCAGCGUUUGGCCGGACAGCCGAACACCUCCAGGCAGGAGAAGCGGCGGCGACCUCGGGGAUCUAGCCAGGAGUCGCUACGAGGCCCCGGAAUCCAGAUGGACCUGGUGACGACGGUUGUGGUUGAGGUGGAGGACGACAAGGAACGCGAUAUUCGAUUUCCGGACCCGGCUGCGAGCGCCAGUCCCUCUGUCAACAGCACGGAAAGGGACGCCACCAGCGCAAGAGCCAUCUAG